AUGGAAAACCUCACGCCAGAACAAUGGCGCGAGAUUAUGAACAGGAAGAUGCGGUUCCCUCCGGAGCUCAUCAGUGCCAUUCAGGAGGGGAAAAUAGAGCUGCUGUGUGGGCUGCUGAAGACCGGGGACGGCAUCAUCCGCCAGCUGGAUGAGUCUGAGGAUCGCCAGUGGAGGGAGGCCCUCAACCUGUCCAUCCGCCUGGGCAACGAGAGCUGCAUGGACACCCUCCUGCAGGGGGUCAAGUUUGACUUCCGGCAGAUUCACGAGGCCCUGCUCGUCGCUGUGGACACCAACCAGCCCCGUGUGGUGAAGCGCCUGCUGGACCGCCUGGACCAGGAGAAAGGAAACAAGAUGGACGUGCGCUCCUUCUCUCAGGCCAUCUUUGACCACUCGAUUGACAACUCCCAGUUUGCCCCUGGUGUGACUCCUCUGACCUUAGCCUGCCAGAAAGACCUGUAUGAUAUAGUCACCAUGCUCACCCAGAAAGGUCACAUCAUCCCGUGGCCGCACAAGAUAUCCUGUGCCUGUCUGGAGUGUCGUAACGGCCGGCAGUACGACCUGCUGAAGUUCUCCUUGUCUCGCAUCAACACCUACCGUGGCAUCGCCAGCCGAGCCUACCUGUCCAUCACCUCUGAUGACGCCAUGCUCAGAGCGUUCAGUCUCAGCAGAGAGCUCCGCAAGCUCUCACAAAAAGAGCCAGAGUUCAAGCCUCAGUACCUGGGCCUGGAGGAGCUUUGUCAGGAGUUUGCCGUUGAGUUGCUGGGCAUGUGUCGCAACCAGAGCGAGGUGACCACCAUCCUGAACAGCUGCGGAGACGAGAGCCAGGACUCCUUAGAGGAGCAGGCCUUCGAAGGGGGAAUCCCCAACCUGUCGCGUCUGCGUCUCGCUGUCAACUACAACCAGAAGCAGUUUGUGGCCCACCCGAUCUGCCAGCAGGUGCUGUCAUCUAUCUGGUGUGGGAACCUGGCAGGCUGGAGAGGCAGCAGGACGGCCUGGAAGCUGUUGGUCUCUGUGGGGAUCUUUCUCACUAUGCCCUUCCUCUGCCUCGUCUACUGGAUCGCACCCAAGUCAAAGGUAGGAAAGAUAAUAAAGAUUCCUGUGAUCAAGUUUCUCCUGCACUCAGCCUCCUAUAUGUGGUUCCUCAUCACGUUACUCGGAGAGUCGAUAACAAUGGAGAUGUAUCGAGACAAAUUUGCUUCCCGGCAGCAGAACAUCCUGCACAGCUCCUUCCACAUGGUGUGGGUGGUCGGAUUCUUCUGGUAUGAGUGUAAGGAAGUGUGGAUCGAGGGGCUGCGCAGUUACUUCCUGGACUGGUGGAACUGCUUGGAUGUGAUGGUGCUCAGCAUGUACCUGGCGUCCUUCGCAUUACGUGUGCUCAUCCUGGUCAAAGGUCGCUUCAUCUGCCAUGAGCAUGACGUCACAGAGGAGUGUAUCUACUUCACUCAGACAGUGCGCGAAGACUGGCAUCAAGAGGACCCCCAGCUGCUUGCCGAGGUGCUGUUUGCAGUGACCAGCAUGCUGAGCUUCACACGGCUGGCGUACAUCCUGCCAGCACACGAGUCUCUGGGAACUCUGCAGAUCUCUAUAGGGAAGAUGAUUGAUGAUAUGAUGAGAUUUAUGUUUAUAUUGAUGAUCAUUGGAACAGCUUUCCUCUGUGGCAUCAACAAUGUCUAUGUUCCUUAUGUCAUCUCUCCACAUCUUGGGAGGUUUAACGAGACGUUCCACUUCUUAUUCUGGACCAUGUUUGGAGUGGCCAACCAGGACUACGUGGACAUGCCACAGUUUGUGGUGGCAGAGUUUGUAGGAAGGAUUCUUUACGGCAUCUUCACGCUCGUCAUCGUCAUCGUCCUUCUCAACAUGCUUAUUGCCAUGAUCACCAACUCCUUUCAGAAAAUUGUGGAUGAUGCAGAUGCUGAGUGGAAGUUUUCCAGGUCGAAGCUGUACCUCAGUUACUUCAGAGAGGGCCUCACCAUGCCUGUGCCCUUCAACGUCAUCCCCUCACCCAAAGCUUUCUUUUACAUCUUAAGGGGUAUCUUCAGACGAAUCUGUUGCUGCUGCAAUUGUAAUUCUGAGAACAAAUAUCCCCCUGUUCCCUCUAUGAAUAAUGCUAAGGGGUCUGAUGAGGACCCCUUACCUUACCGGCAGCAGGUGAUCAGAGCUCUGGUGCAACGUUACAUUGAGUCAGCACGCAGGGAGUUUGCGGAGACCAAGAGGAAAGAUAUCGGCAAUCGGAUCACUUUGCUGACCAAAACGGUCACCAGGAUGCACGGUGAUAUUAAAGUGGUCCAGCAGCUUCUGAUGGAGGAUGGACACACUGUAAGCGACACAUUGAACAAGGACGGCUCCUCCUUUCUGGGGAAAUACAUCAUUGGAGCCAAGAACAAUUUCAUAGGUUUUAACAGCAGACCAGAUGAGAAAAGUGCACCACUUAAAGUGACAGUGCACCAUGGAGAGGAAGGGGUGGAUAAAGAAAAGGUUGAAUUGGAUACAAAACAGAAUCAGGUGGGCGAAUGUGGAGCAGAGGGAACAAAGCAGGUACAGGACUGUGAUGUGGUGAAAAUGGAGGAGGGGAGAGCUAAAACCAAGCUAGGAGAUGAGAAGGAAACUGAGAAAAAAGAGCAGAUGGAAGCAGACAAAAAUGAAAAUACUGACAUUGAAGUGAAGGAGGACGUGAUAGCAGGGACAAGUUUUAAUCACGUAGAAGAAAAGCCUAAAGCCGAAGCAGAAAAAAGAAGGGAAGGAGAGACGCUCGCAGGGGUGGAGGUGUGUGAGAAACACACAGAGACGAUCCCUGAACAAGUUGAUGCAAAAGGGAUGAAGGUUAGAACAUUUGAGCAUAAUGUAGGAGAGAAGUCUGGUGUCAGGGAGAGCGAUGCAAAACCUGGAGCCAAAAAAACAAUAAUCUCGCCAACAGGCAGCAGCCUCUCUCAGGACACGGGAUUUGGUUCCCAAGAAGGGGAGGGAUCAAUGGACGGGGUGCUUGUGAGACCGUAACCUUAGUGAUGUCCCAUUUGGGUUUGGCUCUUUGUUCAGUUUAUUCAAUAGAAGAGAGGAGCGAAAAUUCCACAUUUUGGGAAAUAUAGUCUCGCAAAUAAUU